AAAUGCACACAUAAUAAUGGCAAAUGCACACAACAUAAUGAUAAAUGCACAAAACAUGACAAAUGCAAACAACACAAUGACAAAUGCACACAACAUAAUGACAAUUGCACACAACCUGAUGACAAAUGCACACAACAUAAUGACAAAUGCACACAACAUAAUGACAUAUGCACAUAACAAAAUGACUGACAAAUACACACAACAUAAUAACAAAUGCACAGAACGAAAUGAUGUAUGCACUAAAUGAAAUGUCGUUAAUACAGAACGAGUUGCACACAACAUAAUGACAAAUGCACACAACAUAAUGACUGACAAAUGCACACAACAUAAUGAUACAUGCACAGAACGAAAUGAUGUAUGCACCUAACAAUAUGUCGUUAGAACAAAACGGGUUGGUAAAUGCACACAACAUAAUGACGAAUGCACAGAACGAAAUGAUGUAUGCACCUAACAAAAUGUCGUUAGUACAAAACGAUAUUGCAAAUGCACAUAGCAUAAUGAAAAAUGUACAGAACAAAAUUAUGUUUCUACAGGACAAAAUGUAGUUUAAACAAAACAACUUAGUAAAUGCACAGAACAUAAAGACCAGUGCCAUCAGAAGGCAGCAUUGGCGUUCCAUAAGUUUGUGCCAGUUAAUAGCUGGUGAAGCGUGAUUGUGUUUCGCCUGAAGUUUAAACAGUUUGCAAACAGCUAGACCCAGAUGAGACGCCGCAAGAUGUAAACAGUGGGAAAAAAAGAUACUGUUACCGGCCAACGGGAUCGCUUCCGGUUAUGUACGAUAUCGUAGUCCUAGGGGCGGGCGCCGUCGGCCUCUCGACCGCCUUCUGCAUCCACGAUGCACUUCCGGGUCGCCAAGUUACAAUUAUCGCAGAUAAAUUAACGACGGAGACGACCAGCCAUGGCGCCGCCGGCAUCUUCCGGCCGACGACGGUAAAAACGCCUGUGGAAUCGAUUGAACAGUUCAGGAAGUGGUGUACAGAUUCUUUUGCCUGGUUCCACCGUUUGAACACCGAGUCGGACCCGGCGCAAACCGGCGUUAGCAGAGUAACCGGGUACCAAUUUCUUAAACAACCAAGUGAAAAGGUUGGGUUGGACAUAUACAACACUGAAUAUAGGAAGUCGUCGCUAUUUACCGUGGUUGACAAAACGGUUUUUAUCGCAAGGCGGGACGCUGGAGAGUAGAACAAUAGACGACAUUCGAUCGAUGCAGCGACUCAUCCUUCAUUGGCUAAGGAGGCCAUGUAAAGUUGAUAUUCUUCGAAGGACACUCAUAUCCAACGCUAGUAAUAGGGAGACUUUAACCAUUGAAGAAACAACGGAGAAAUUAAAGUUGCUUGUAGGAGAACGGACAAGAUGCGGAUCAUCGACUGCUGACUCACUUUUCGCCCCUGUUGCAACAAGUCAGGAUGAUAUACCACCUAGAACGAUGGCACACAGCUUCCGGAAGGUUGUUAUCCCUCUGGGCACCAACCCAAUGGUGAAGGAGAAAUAUAUCAACCCCUUGGUAGGCAUCCGAUUUGGGAGAAUUCUGGAAGACCUUGACAUGUUUGCAGUUGCCAUUUGUUACGUGCACUCCCACGACCCUGUACAUCGUGAUAUGAAUUCUCCACUCAAUAUUGUCACAGCUCUGGUGGACAGAAUAGUGCUGUCAGAGCAGCCAAUACUUCCUGACCGGGACAUCAGGAUGCAAGGCAAAGUGACCUGGGCCGGAAAGACAUCUAUGGAGGUCACAAUGAAGCUUGACCAGGAAAUUGAUCAGAGUUGGAAGCAUUUGCUUGAAGCAAAAUUUGUGAUGGUUGCAAGAAAUGCCGCUACUAAAAGUGUUGCUGUAAUAAACAAGCUUAUACCUGAAGGUCCCGAAGAGGAGGCAUUGUUCAAGCUCGGUGAAGAAACGAAGGCUCAGCGGAUGUUGGAAAGUCAGAAGACAUUGUUAAAGACACCACCAGACGAGAACGAACGUCUUCUGAUACAUGACUUGUUCCUAGAGACCCUGGAUCCGAAAGCAUCCACGUUCAAAGUUCGGGUGAAACCAGAACGCUCUGUUUGGAUGGAGGAUACCAUCGUGAAGAAGCUGGUCAUUUGCUUUCCAGAAGAACGUAAUCUCUACAACAAGAUCUUUGGCGGUUUUCUGAUGCGAAAGGCUUUUGAGCUGGCCUUUGUAAAUGCUUGUUUCCAUUGUAAAGGUAUCGCUAAAGUCCUGGUGGUCGACAAUAUUGCCUUCAAGAAAUCAGUGGAAAUAGGCUCGUUCUUGUUCCUUUCAUCACAGGUUGUGUACACGUUGGGCAAUCACAUGAUGGUGAAGGUACACGCAGAGGUUGUCAACCCGAAAGACGAUUCAAGGGAGACUACCAAUGACUUAUACUUCCUGUUUGCGGGGCAGACCACAGAAGUACCGAGAGUGAUACCGAAGUCUUAUGCAGAGUCUAUGCUUUAUCUGGAUGGCAAGAGACACUUUGAUUUCGUGAAAGAAAACUGUUCUCAGGGAUCAAAUGUGAACGGCCAAUUCCCUCAAGUUUAGUCGGGAAAUAUUUUGAAAGUAAAAAUUAGAAUAAUUUAUGUCUAGAUACAUAAACAACAUUUGAUGUCAAAUGAGCAAGCAAUUAUUCCACACAACUGCUGUAUAGCUAGUAACCUACAUUCGUGUAUAUGUGAAUGAUAUACUUGUAAUCAAUUUGUUUCGCACCUGAAAUAUAGCGGGGGUUUUUAACAAAGCUUGGUUAUAACAUUUGAAUAUAAUUUAUGUUUUGCACCAUCCUUGUUCAGAACAAUUUACAUUUUUUGAAGAUGCUGCGAAGCAGCUUGUCUAAGUUAUCAAACCAUGAAAACAUUCUUCACAAUGGCGACCUAUGUAAAAGUCCGAGCCAGUCCGAUUGAGAUAGCUCAAUUUUUCUCAUCGGCAUACCUCGCUGAUUAUAAUUGAUAAAGGUAAAGGAAGCUCAGCUAUAAAUAGGACAGCAUAUUGUGAGAAAAAGAUAUAAUAAUAGUUUGAAAACAUUAAUUUUAAAUCAGUUAUAUUCAAUCUAUUAUAUGUUUAUAGAUCAAAGAAACAACUAUGCAUUUUCUGUAUUGUAUUUGACAUUUGUCGUGAUUUUGUAAAUAAAUUGCGAAUUAAAACGUGUAUAAUUAACGUUUAACGCGAUCAUGAGUGUAAAGAAAACGAAUUAUUUCGAACCUGCCAUUUGUAAACGUUAGAGCGAAUAUGGUAUAUAAACAACAUAAUAGUCGUACGAUAUCUAUGUAACUCGCUUUUAUGCGUGCUCUCUCAUUUUGCAUAUUUAAUAAACUUUUCAAACAGAAAUUACAGAGCCACAUCAGUGCACAUACUAUGUUUGAUAAUUCAUUCGUUAGUUGGAUAUUGUUUGCUGUUUUAAACACAUAUGAGGUCGUAUCGCGGAGAUUUAGUUAACCUUACCAUGUGUUCAUGGGCGAACUCACGUAUUCAAGUGAUCUUACGACUAUGUGCUCAUACCUACUUUCGGGAAUCAUCAUUAAAGUAUUGUCGUACUUAACGAACAAACAUGCGUAAGCUUAUUGAAUUAGAAAAAAAAACAAUAAUCAAAAGAGAAAAAAUUACAUGUUCAUACACAUGGGCAUGUGAAAUCACAUCCGUACACAAUCAUCAUUAACUAAGGAAAGGAAACAACGAAAUAUAAAGUUUGGUAUGAUAUACUUGUGAAAUUAAAGAGCAUGGUGUAAUUAAAGAGCAUGUCAAGUUUUGAAUAUAUCUGCUGAAACGAAAUGUUCUAACCCACAAAUGUUUUACUGUAACAGAACGUUUUUUAAGAUAAGUGGUACAGAAAAUACACGUCAAAUAUUUUUUUAAAGAUAUUUCUUGUUAUAUUUGAUCAAGAAUGUAACCCGCCUCCCAGAUUCGCUGAAUGGGUCAAGUUCCCCACGGGUACUACUUCCCCGUACCCCCAAAUGUUUUUCCGUACCCAAAUUUAUUUUCCUACCAACAUUUAUUUUCCUACCCAAUUUUUUUUCCUACCCAAUUUUUUUUCGUAACCAAAUUUUUGUUCGUACCCAAUUUUUUUUGGCAUAAUUUUUGUACCCACACUUUUCGUACACAUUUUUUUUUACCCAAAAUUUGUGUACCCACAUACACAAUUGUGGUGAUGUAGAUAAACUUAGAUUGAUGCUUUUAUAUCCAUCCUUUUCAAAAGCAUCGUCACACCAGUACUGUCAGUACUUUGGUUUCUGUUUACCUCCUCUACGAGGUGAAGAUGGUAUUCCGGAUUCGCUGUGUCCGUAUAUCGGUCACGUCCGUUCGUCGGUAGACGCAAACUUGUCCGCAGAUGUCCAUUUACGUAUAAAGCUUUCAGCGUAUAUCAUGCUUUGUUCCUUAUGAAAAGUUAUCAUUUUAUUACUUUUAUUUACCUACAGUAUUUAUUGCAUAAAGCCAAACCCAUUUUCAAGUUACAAUUUCUUUGAAGUUCAGCUUCAUUCAAAGGGUAUAUUGCGCUCAGAGAAUAUGUCACUUCCGUGUUAUUAUGUAUGGCAUUUCAUUCAUUUAUCUCAUUCUACAGUUAUGUUCUUUAUUACCUUUAUGUGUAGAUAUACAACAUGAAGCUUAAAAAACACUCUUGAUA